CUGAAGCCAAGCAACAUCUUACUGGACCUGGAUAUGACACCCAAGAUCUCGGACUUUGGUCUGUCUAGGGCUUUCGGUGGAGAUCAAUCAAUGGAUAUAACAAAACGUCCUGUCGGUACAAUUGGAUACAUGUCUCCGGAGUAUGCGUACUGCGGCCAAGUCUCUACCAAGUCCGACAUGUACAGCUUCGGAGUCAUAGUUCUAGAGAUUGUGACUGGUAGGAGGAACAAUAGGUCGGUUGAAGAUGAUACUGCCUGCAGAUCUCUGCUCAGCUACGUAUGGGAGAAGUGGAGCGCAGGCUCGAUGGAAGGGGUGGUAGAUCCUUCCCUGGCCGGACGUUACCCUGACAGCGAGGUGCGAAACUGCGUGCAAAUCGGGCUGCUGUGUGUCCAGAGGAAUCCCAGCGCCCGGCCGACCGCGUCGGAAGUGGUCGUCAUGCUCGACAGCCAUUCCAUGUCGAUGACUAUGCGGACUCCCCCCAGGCCAGCGUUCUGCUUCGCACAACCUGGCAUCAUCAGUCCAUCACUCAGUUACCACAGCAACCUGGAUGCCCCCGGUUCAAGCAAUGACGUGACGAUAUCCGAUGUGCAGCCUAGGUAGGACGAAUUCAGAAGUUUGUAUAAGUAACUACAACUAAAAUGGCUCUCACAAAUGCGAGAGCAUCAUACUUAUUUUUCGGAGAUGUUUGAAAAUGAAUUAUUAUUAUUCUUUUGCGGGUAAAAUUUUAAUUAGUCAACCAUCAA